AUGGACGACGACUCCGGCGGGCCCCACCACCACCCACGUUCUCCGCCGCCGGACGCUAGCAAGCGGCGGCGCCUCCCCAACGUCCGCCUCGCGGGCUCCAUCCCCCUUCCCUCCCACCUCCCCCACCCGCGCCUCGUCCCCAUCUUCCCCGCCUCCAGGUCACGCAAACCCCACCACAACGACGACAACGGCCCCUCCUCUGAACCACCCCAAACCCUCCCAAAACCCUCCGCCGACAACGGCGACGACCUCGUCCUGGCCGACGCGUUCUCCCGCAAACCUAGAGUUCUGGCGCCGGAGGCGGAGGAGAUGGAGAUGGAGGAUGAGACGGAGGAGAAGGCGGCGGAGGUGGUGGACGUGGCAGGGUGGUUCUUGGGGAUGGGGAUGGGUCGCUACGCGGCGGCGUUCCAGGCGCACAAGGUGGACACCGAGGUGCUGCCCUGCCUCACCAUGGACGACCUCCGGGACAUGCGCAUCGGUGCCGUCGGGGCGCGCCGCAAGCUCUUCUGCGCCAUCCAGAGGCUGCUGCCAUCACGGAGGUGAAGCGUUUCUGGCAUUCCUGUGGGCGUGCUAGCUAGUUUGGUCUCACCUUGCUAGGGAACUUGGAUGCGUGGGUCCUAGGAAUAGGAGGUGUGAAAAGUGUGAAAAUGAGAAGGUUUGAUCUUUACUUAGUUGUGAAAUGGUGGCACGGUCAGUGGCACUGUAGCUUAGUGUGUAAUUACGGAAAAUGUGAAAUGGAAAAUGCUAACUCUAAUGUUUCGUUCUGUCCAAUGAUUUUAUGACCAAUGCUUUUAUGGGAAUGCUAGGAUGUUGUGUGGUAGGGUUUAAGCAUGAAAAUGUUCUGAUG